AGCCACGCUGCAGUCGAGACAAGUCUCUGUUUCUCUCUGAAAGAAAACUCAAACUGACUUCAUCAGGUCUUUCUCAACAACACAGCAGAGUCUCUGCCAAACACUGAUAUGGCUGCUGUGAGCAUUCUGCCAUCUGAAGAUCAGUUUCUGUGCUCCAUCUGUCUGGAUGUGUUCACUGAUCCUGUCACCACAUCAUGUGGACACAACUUCUGCAAAAACUGCAUCACUGAACACUGGAAUACUAAUAACCAGCACCUAUGUCCAAUGUGUAAAGAGGCUUUCAACACAAGACCUGAUUUGAGGGUCAACACUUUCAUCUCUGAGAUGGUCGCUCAGUUCAGACAGUCAGCUCAACAGAAAGCCAGCAGCAGCAGCUCAGAGCAACAAGUGUCCAAACCAGGAGAAGUUCCCUGUGAUGUCUGCACUGGAACCAAACUGAAGGCCCUGAAGUCCUGCCUGGUGUGUCUGGUCUCCUACUGUGAGAAUCACCUGGAGCCUCAUCUGACAGUUUCACGUCUGAAAAGACAUCAGCUGAUCGACCCUGUGGAGAACCUGGAAGGCAGGAUGUGUACGAAGCACGAUAAAUCUCUGGAGCUGUUCUGUAAGACCGACCAGACAUGUGUCUGCAUGCUCUGCACUGUUUUAGACCACAAGACUCAUGAUGUUGUUCCUCUGAAAGAAGAAUAUGAAGGAAAGAAGGCAGAGCUGGAGGCUGAAAUUCAGCAGAUGAUCCAGAAGAGACGACUGAAGAUUCAGGAGAUCAAACACUCAGUUGACCUCAGUGAGGAAGAUGCAGACAGAGAGAUAGCAGAAUGUGUUCAGGUCUUCACUUGUCUGAAGGAGUCUGCUGACAGAGGCCAGGCCAAUCUCAUCAGAACAAUAGAAGAGAAGCAGAAAACAACAAAGAGAAAGGCUAACUCUUUCGUCAAAGAGCUGGAACAAGAAAUCUCCGCGAUGAAAAAGAGAAGAACAGAGGUGGAUCAGCUCUCACGCUCUGAAGACCACCUCCAUCUUCUCCAGAGUGUCCAGUCACUAAAGACCAACCACCCUCCACCCACCAAGGACUGGACAGAGGUCAGCAUCCGUCCAUCAUAUGAGGGGACUGUGGUGAAAGCUGUGGUUCAGCUGGAGGAGACACUCAGUAAAGAGAUGAAGAAGCUGCUUGAGUCUGAGCUGAAGAGGGUCCAGCAGUAUGCAGUGGAUGUGACUCUUGAUCCUGAUACAGCAUAUUCUGAUCUCAUCCUGUCUGAUGGAAAACAGGUGAAUCAUGGUGAUGUAAAGAAGAAUCUCCCAGACAAACCAGAGAGGUUUUCUAAUUGUGUUAGUGUUUUAGGAAAACAGAGUUUUUCUUCAGGCAGAUUUUACUUUGAGGUUCAAGUUAAAGGAAAGACUGAUUGGAGUUUAGGAGUGGCCAGAGAGUCGAUCAACAGGAAGGAACACAUCACACUGAGCCCGCAGAAAGGUUUCUGGACGAUAUGGUUGAGAAAUGGAAAGGAGUACAAAGCUCUUGCUGACCCUUGUGUCCUUCUCUCGCUGAAGUCUCCUCCUCAGAAGGUGGGGGUGUUUGUGGAUUAUGAGGAGGGUCUGGUCUCCUUUUAUGACGUAGAUACUGCAGCUCUUAUCUACUCCUUUACUGGCUGCUCCUUCACUGAGAAACUCCUCCCAUACUUCAAUCCCGGUCUUAAUAACUGUGGUAAAAACCCUGCCCCUCUGAUCAUCUCCCCUGUCAGAGUAAACUAAUCUCAUUUCAGGUAUUGAUUUAUUUUCCUUCAAGGGAACAAAUGUACAUAUUCAUAUAUUUUACGACUUAUUUUCUACAGAAUCUGUUUCCUGUGGUGACUGAUUUACACGUUAUUCCAUUUAUUAUAAGAUUAAAUGUGCAACAGUUAUAUGCAAAUUGAAUCUAACUUCAUCUUGAAAUAUUUGGUCUUUAGAAAACCUUUCUUCUGGAAGUUAUAAUAAAUGUCUGUGGGUUUAACAGAGGUUUAAAUGGAUAUUGUCCACGUGUGUAAAUUAAUGUGUUGAAUUAAAUUAAAAGAGCAAAUCUGAUGGGACAAUUAGGAUCUAAGAGGUAUAUGGUUUAAAUUGGUUGUCUGUUAUUUGUUAUAUUCAUCAAUAAUGAGACAGGAAAGUCUGAAUUAUUGUGGCAUAUUUGCAGAAAUAAAGUUUGUUUGUUGAGACCAAGAA